AUGCCAGUUCCUACAAAAGAACACUGGGAAAAAGUUAGUGUAGAAUACAAUGACAAAUGGGGCUUUCCAAAUUGCAUAGGCUCUAUAGAUGGGAAACAUUGUCAGAUUAAAUGUCCCAAACAAUCAGGAUCAAGUCACUUCAACUACUUAAAAUAUUUUUCCCUAGUUUUACAAGGAGUUGCCGAUGCAGAUAAAAAAUUCGUGAUAGUUGAUGUUGGUGCCAGGGAAAAAAAUUUACCAGGAACAAACAUUAAAGUACCCCAUGUUUUGAUCGGAGACGAAGCUUAUCCAUUAAAGCCGUACUUAAUGCGUCCAUUUCCAUCUCGAGUACUAAAUCCAGCACGGGAAUAUUUUAAUGAAAGAUUAUCAAGAGCACGCAAGUGCAUUGAAUGCGCUUUUGGAAUUUUACGGGCAAAAUGGAGAUUACUUGGGAAAGACAUAGAAGAAUAA